AUGAAUGAUUAUAAGUCUUCUACCGAACAUAAGAAAUCCAUUAGAUUAUAUCAAAAAAGAAAUUAUGAACUAUUUUCUUGCCAUUUCAAUAAUGUAGAUUGGGAAAAUGGAUUUAAAAUUUUAAUAACACAAAAUGAUGUUCAAACUAGACUUCAAGCACUUGAUAAGUCAAAAUCAGUCGGUUUUGAUUUUGUUCACCCAUAUGUUUUAAAAAAAUGCAGCUCGUCAAUAUCAAACCCAUUAUAUUUAAUUUUCAAAAAAUCGAUGGAAACAGGUACACUACCAGAUAUGUGGAAGAAGGCAAAUGUAAUGCCACUUUUUAAAAAAGUAAGCAAAUUAAAAACAUCUAACUACAUACCAGUCUCGUUAACUUCAAUACCAUGUAAAGUGUUAGAAAGAAUAAUAGCUGAUUGUAUCAUGCAACAUCUUAUAAAAAAUAAUUUACUUUCAAAAAAACAACAUGGUUUUAUGAAAAGCAAGAGCUGUACAACAAACCUAUUAGAAUACCUAGAUAUUUUAACAGAUGAGUUCCACAAUAGAACAGUAGAUUUAUUGACUUUUGGUAUUUCUGGUAAACUUCUUACGUGGAUAGUCAGAAAACAAAGAGUGGUUUUAGGUGAAAAUGUGACAGAUUGGGUUGAUGUACUUAGUGGUGUACCACAAGGGUCUGUUCUAGGUCCUCGCCUUUUUUGGUAUUUAUAA